UCCAACUAAGACCAAGAUGUUAUUAUUUCACAUUGUCUGUAUCUUAUUUAUUUGUAUGCGUCAGAAGAGCACAAAAAACACUAAAGAAAAAACACAAGUUAAACACAAGUUCAAUUGCACAACUUAUCUCCAAAGAAAUCUUAAAUAUGUGGUUGUGCUUCUUGCUUUCAUCUUGUAAAACUUGGUGGUAUGUCACUGUGCUUUGGGGUUAAGCUGAUUUCAGUGCCAGAAAGACUGGAUGCGAAAAAUGUACCUUUUCCCCUCCCUCAACAUUACAUACAAGACACGUAAACCCUGCAGCCCUGCAGACAAAAGUUAUAGCCUAUAAUUAGGUUAUAGCAGUUAUUGUUUAAAAGUUCAAUUCAUUGAGUUAAAUAGCAAACAAGUUUGAUUUUGAGCACAUGAAAACAUUUUGGAAGCGUCACAGAAUCUGUCGACUCAGUCUGUCUGGUGGAACUACGUUUCCCAUCAUGCAUCCGCAAGUUACCCUCCUCUGACCCUGUGACUGAAAAUAAUCUGAUCAGCUGAUCUGACCUGGCAACAAAAUAACGUAGCUAGAGAAGUCUGCCAGGGAGGGGGCUGAGGAACAAAACAAUGACACUGCUCGGAAGGAUUCAAAUACAGUAACACUUUAAAAGACUUUUUAAACGGAAUAGCGCGGAUUUCCCUCCAGUUUUAAAGUAAAAGAGUCCGCUGAUAUCCGAGCUUUUGACAUCGACUGGUGGUUGUUUUUGUUGAUAUGUUGUUACAGCUCAGUUGACAGACUGGAGGCUAGCUGCUUGUUUGGACGGCUAUGAACUGGGGCUUGCUGGUCCGCUAAUUACAGCUUUUCUUUGGACAACGUUGAAACUGUCCGUCGAAACCUACUAGCUGUGAGCUAAUUUGCUGCUUGUAUGCCAAAUUAUCUGCCUAGUUUGCCAGCAAGCUAUUAAGGGUCAGUUUGCUAGCUAGCCUGUUGUUAGCAUCAACAUUUGCACAUUCAUCCUUUCAGGGAGAGUUCAUUGUCUCAGUAGGUACUGGCUACCUGUACAUGUUUCUGUAUUAUUUUAGAGCUUUAUUCGCUAAUCUUUAAUAUAAUUUAUGUAAUACUGAAGCUAAAUGCUAACUUUGGUUUCUGAACAAGCUAACUAGUGGUAAACAUAUAUCCAGUGUAACUCAAGGAGACGGCUGUUUCUGCUUCAUUGCCUCACUGGUAGUUGCACUAAAUUACAUUAUUAAAACCGUUGUGUUUGAAAUUCAUGUUGCGAAAACUAGUUUGAUAUAUUGUAUUAUUGUUGAGAGUUAGUUGUUACAGUGAGUGGAUCACCUCCCCUUUUAACAUGCAGCUAUUUUAAGUUGAUUUAGUCAUUGUAUUUGGGCACUUCAGUUUUCAGUAUUAUCACAUUUUAAGUAACUGCUAUCGGAAAUAGCUGGUACUGUUGUUCAAGCUGUUCAAAUAAGCACUGCUCUGUAUUCAAGUUCAACUUGUAAGAAACGAUGAGCGGGCAUGGCUCAUCUUCAGAAAAAGGAGUCAAUACUAGCCUAAUAUGUCAAGAGAGCUAUGUCUGUGGUGGCUCUGAAGAGGCUGCAUUUGAGUGUGAUGAAUGCAAAAGCUUGCAGUGUGUUCGUUGUGAGCUCGAGCUCCACAGGCAGGAGAGUCUGAAGAACCAUGAGCGGGUUCAGAUAAGACCUGGGCAUGUCCCUUGCUGUGACAACUGUAAAGGAGGUAACGGAGACAAUGGCAAACGCCAUAGAUCUGUGGUCCGCUGCCAGAACUGCAAAGUUAACUUGUGCCAAGACUGCCAGAAACGCACACACAGUGGAGGCAACAAGAAGAAACACCAGCUCACAUCUUAUCCUCCACCACCUAAACCUGCCGAGGUCAAAUCUGUCCAGACAUCUGUCCCGCCCGCUGUCCAAAUAGCAGAUGAGACCAAAUCUCAGAAAACAAAACUUCUGGAGAAGAUUUCCAGUUUUCUCUUGGUUGAUGAAAAUGAGGAAAUGCAGAUAAAAGAUGAAUCUUCAUUUGUAAAGACCCUGAGCUGUAACCCUGACCAGCUGCUGAAGGUGGUGUCCAUCUUUGGUAACACGGGAGAGGGCAAAUCUCACACCCUGAAUCACGCAUUCUUCAUGGGCAGAGAAGUGUUCAAAACCUCUCCCACACAAGAGUCCUGUACAGUGGGUGUGUGGGCGGCGUUUGACCCCUUCCGUAAAGUAGUAGUCAUCGACACAGAGGGGCUGCUUGGGAACAGUUCCAAACAGGGCCAGAGAACCCGUCUCUUGCUCAAGGUGCUUGCCAUCUCCGACCUCAUCAUCUACCGCACCCAUGCUGACCGUCUUCAUGAUGACCUCUUCAAGUUCCUCGGGGAUGCCUCGGAUGCUUACUUGAAGCAUUUCACUAAGGAACUGAAGGCCACAACGGCCCGCUGUGGCCUGGAUGUCCCUCUGUCCACCUUGGGCCCUGCAGUGGUCAUCUUCCAUGAAACAGUCCACACUAAGCUGCUUGGUUCAGAUAAGUCAUCUGAGUCAGUAGAUCGGCUGCUAUCGGAGCGCUUUAAGAAGCUUUCCCGUUUCCCAGAGGCCUUUAGCUCUGUCCAGUACUGGGGCACGCAGACUCUCAGCCCCCCGACUGACUUCCGUGGCCUGCAGAAUAAACUGGAGCAGCUCCUGGAUAACAACGCCACCCGUUCCCCACGCACCCCUGUGGUCAUCUUCAAAGCCCUGCAGGCAUUGAGUGAGCGUUUUAAUGGGGAAAUUACAGGUGAGCUUGUAGCCCACAGCUGCUUCUUUCCUGAUGAGUACUUCACCUGCUCCAGCCUGUGCCUCAGCUGUGGAUCUGGCUGCAAGAACAGCAUGAACCACUUAAUAGAAGGAGUGUGCCAUGAGGCAAAGCGCCGUUGUCGUUAUUCUGUUCAGUAUGAUAAUCGGAUUUACACCUGUAAGACUUGCUAUGAAGGGGGAAAGGAAGUGAUAGUUGUCCCUAAGACCUCCGCUUCCUCAGACUCUCCAUGGAUGGGCCUCGCCAAAUACGCCUGGUCUGGGUACGUUAUUGAAUGUCCCAACUGUGGAGUGAUCUAUCGGAGCCGUCAAUACUGGUAUGGGAACCAGGACCCUGUGGAUACAGUUGUCCGCACUGAGAUCCAGCAUGUAUGGCCAGGGUCAGAUGGCUUUUUAAAGGACAAUAGCAAUGCAGCACAGCGUCUGCUGGAUGGAGUCAACCUAGUGGCCCAGUCUGUGUCAGAGCUCAGUGUCAAGCCUGCUAAGGCCGUCACCUCUUGGCUGACAGAUCAGAUCGCCCCAGCCUACUGGAAACCCAACUCCCUCAUCUUGGUGUGCCAUAAGUGUCACGCAGUCUUCCAGGACAACGACACCAAGCAUCACUGCCGUGCCUGUGGGGAGGGCUUCUGCGAUGGCUGCUCUUCCAAAGCUGCACCCGUCCCUGAGAGAGGCUGGGGUCUUGCCCCCGUCAGAGUCUGUGACAUCUGCUUCGAGCAGAGAGCUACAUACGCAGAGAUGAUUGAGGCAGAGCUCGAGGAGGAAGAAGGUGGAACCCUCGCCAGGAAGGUUGGAGAAGCAGUCACCAACACCAUUGGAGUUGUGGUCACUGCUAUUGACAUCCCACUUGGCCUUGUGAAAGAUGCCGCCCGUCCUGCCUACUGGGUGCCUGACCAGGACAUCCUGUCCUGUCACAACUGCCAGCGCGAGUUCACUGCCAAGCUGUCAAAGCACCACUGCCGUGCCUGUGGCCAAGGAGUGUGUGAUGACUGCUCCCCGGAGCGUCGGCCGGUUCCAUCGCGGGGCUGGGACCACCCUGUGCGGGUGUGCGCCAGCUGCAACCAGAAACCUGGAGAACUUUAACAGGGACGGCCUUCCUUCCUCAGAGCACCAGAGAGAACCACUCACUCACUCAGCUCGCAGUCUGUCACUGCUUUACCUCUGUUAAUAUAAUGGUUCUGUCUUGUAUCUGUGGAAAGGAAGUUUUUAGGCAUAAAUAAUAUAUAGAACAUUUAGCUGAGUUCCUGUGGCCUUUGUAGAACAGCCAGAACAUGUGAGUUACUUGACUGAGUGUGAAACCUGCAUUUCCACUCUGAUUAUUUACAGAGUGAAUAUUUUGAUUGGUAUUGACGCAAGUCCCUAAUUUUACGUUAAAUAAGGCUGUUGAGCUAUUUUUCUACUAUCAGAAAAUAUUAAAAAAAAAAGUAUCAUUUAAAGAAUAUUAGUUAGUUGAGAACCCCGUGGGGUUGGUGUGAUUAGUUUCCAGCAAUUCUUAUUAUUGAACAUUGUUUCUCUGAUGUCGCACGUGUAAUGACAAGGAGAUAUUUUUUAUCUUUUUAUUUUAUAUCCGUGCAGGUAUAACUGCAGGGUCCAUUGCAUGCUGUAUUGCAACAUUUUAGUUUUUGCACUAAGCCUUUUCAGCUGUUAUAGGCUGUUGCUUACCAUGGCCAAAAUCCAGAUAUCCAGAUGAUCAAGUAGUCUGUCCCAAACUGAGCUGAAAUUUACAACAGUAGGUCUAGAUUGUGGAUAUCUGGUGUGCCAAAAAUCAUUCAGGUCACUGUGUCUGUGGUGAUAUAAUGUCUAUAUUUUAUCAUGUAAUUUGUAGUUGUAUGAAAACAUAGAACUAUGUUAUAGGAGUGUACAUUUGAAAUGUUGAAAAUUAUUUAUGUGUUGAGGAUAAAAAAAAAAACUACAUACUAAUACUCUGGCAUGCAUGACAGUCUGAGAGAUCCAUGGCCUUUUACUUGUUCAGAGGAUGAUCUCUGAAUAAACCUCACUAUCUUAUUUACCAAGUGGCAUUUUAGUGUAUCCAUGUUAUAAGAUGUAUGUAUUUCAUGUUCACAUUUGUUCUCUUGACACCUUGAUUUAAUUUUUUUUCUAAAUAUGUACAGUUGUCUGCUUGGUUGUAUGGGUAUUGAUUUGCAGAACUGAAGAAUAUCCAAAUAUGUCUUCAAACCAGUUUUACAUAUUACACUCAUGCCUCCAGGUCUACGUAGGCACAGACUCCUGGCAACACAUUUUAGUUCUGUUUUAGCUCUUCACAGCUUGUGUUUCCGUUAUUAUACAUCCGUUAUUGAUAUUAAGUAUUUUCAUUUUCUGGUUUUUGUUUGACACUAUUUACUGUAUGGAUAUUUAUUAUACUCCGUAGUGACUGUAUGCAAACUACUCUUUUUUUCCCCCAUAUUGUUUGUCUUUAUUUUUUUGUCUUUAAAAUUGAUGCUUGAAUCUGGCAAUGAUGAGAUGGUAAACCAUAUUUAGUGACUGAGAGCUUUACAUCUGGAUAUCAUACAAAGCACAAGGUGAUGCCUUUAACACAUUCUUGUAUUUUGUUGUUAAAAAUGAAAAAACGGGUCUUUGUCAAUUGUAAGCUGAGUGAAUUCUCCGUUUGCUUUCUCCUAACGUGGAACUUUUUGGUUCUGAUGAGAAAAUGUUGUGUCUGCCUUGCCUGAAAAUAGAUUUAUCUGUCUGAAUGUUGCAUCACACACAAACACCCUCCUCUAAAAUGCGUACAUGUAUAUUGCACAGUACAGAAUAGGAAAUACAUCAUGUCAAAUUACUUGUCCUGUAGUUUAUUCCCAUGCAAAUUGUGCAGUCUGUUGCUUCAGAUAUUUGCAUUGUGAUGUCCAGUUUUUUCAAUUAGGUUGGGUGCUAUCAUCAACACUUCUCACAUACAGACUACAGAUCAAGCAGAAAUGAUUGAUACAUUUAAAACUGUUGGAAACUAACUUGAAGAUUAAUGAUUAAAGUUGUAUCAGCUCCCAUCUGUCAAAACAUAA